GAUUCUAAACCUCUCAAUUCCUUCUUUCCUUCCCAAAAAAAAAAAAAAAAAAUUCUAACCAAACAUUUCAAAUUUCAUAUCUUUCUUCAUGGAUUUUCCAGAAAUCAAUAUGAUCAGCAAUUUUGAAGCAGGUGUGAAAUGUCUACAAAACCCUUCUCUUUUUUCAAGAUUCUUUUCAUUUUCUCCUAUAGAAAAAGUACCUCAAUUUCACAUUUUUUGGAAAUGGGGUGCUUUAAUUCUAGCAAUUUUAGCUACUUUUAGCAGUUUAGUACGAAAACUCAAAGUUUUAUUCAUUUUAAUUCGUAAGAUUAAACCUUCUACUGAACCCCUUUUACAAUACCUCGGUGAAGACUUCGAUAUUUCCGAUGAUGACGUGGACGACAACAACAACGAUGAUGAUGAUAAAUGUUCAUCAUCUGAAGAAUCCGAUGAUGACGAUUUAUUAUUAGAUGAAGGGCAAAAUCGUAAUUUUACAGUUGCAGGUUCGAGUUUUUAUUUUAAGGAAAAAGGGCAGAAUCGUAAUUUGAGGCUAUUUUCUGCUGGGAAAAAUGUUGUGAAGUUAUGGGAUAGUUUAGGUUUAGGAUUAGAUUAUGAAUAUGAAGAUUUAAGUAAAAGUGUAGUUUCAUUAUGGGAUUUAAAUCAAGAAGUAAAAAUAGAAAAUUUAUUUUUUUCAUCAAAAAAUGAUGAAAACGGUGUCGUUUUGGCUGGUUAUGAUAAGAGAAUGAAAAAUGAGUCACCUGUUAUAUGUGCUGAUUGGGCCGGGUCGGGUAAAUUGAUCGGAGUUAAUUCUAACGGUGACGGUAAAGUUUAUGUUAGAAAUGAAGGAAUGUUAACGGUUGGUGAUAUGAGGAACGUGAAAACGCCGUUAGAGAAAUUAACGGAGAUUGAUGAUGACACGUGGUGGGAUGCAGAUGCCGUUAUUGUCGAGGAGAAGUUUAGUUUUGACGAUUGAAAACUGAACGAGUCGUAUUGACUCAGUGAGUUGUGAUAACGCGGUGGUAAUGACUGCGUUUGAAUGAUCUAGAAAGUGUAAAAUCGUCAAUAUAGUGAGUUUAUCUCUGUAUAUAUUAGUUAUUUUCAAUAAUUAUUGGAAAUGAUAAAUUAAUGUUUGGUCUA